GUCUCUCGGGCUUAACAGGUUAAGGAAUUUGCCUGGAUACGAAAUGUUUCCUUUCUUGUUCAACACGUCUUGAACUUGACGAUAACUGAAAGGAAGGUGAGGUUCAGUUAAUUCAUGGCGACCUUUACAGCUCUACUUUAAACCGUUUCACUCACAGACUUCUAUAAUAAAGCAGGGGUUAUGCAAUUGGUGCCAGCUGUCAUUAAUGUAGUUGUCAAUUAAUAUCAAUGGUGGUUGUUUACUUCACCAGCAGACAUAUCGCAGCUGUUCUCAUACAUUCUAGCUGUGCGAGACAAUCUUCUGUAGUAAUGGAGACACAGUAUAUAAUCAAGGCAUGUGAAGACACUGUAAAACAAGUAAAGAUGUGUGGAAAUCACAUGUGGUUUCAUUCUUGCUUCACUGCAGCUGCAUUGCUUUCGAGGAAAGGUUUGAUGAAUAUGAUAAUUCCACAGAACCACAUGCUGGCAUUGCAUGAUGCAGCUCAUCCAGACACAGUUAGUGGUUGGAUUUCCACUCCAGUAUCAACACUUCAUGAGCCUUUCAUGGUUCAAUUGUGUCUACUAAAGUAUAGAAGCUGUUUACGUCUCUUAUUUUGUGUUAACUUUAGAAUUUCCCUUUUCAUAAAAAUAGAUGGUUGAGUACAGAACACACAGUGACUCGAUAAAUAGCCAGAAUGUGUCUGGUUCAGACAGCCCCUGGAUAAUGUUUCAAAGGAGUGUAACAUCACUGUGAACUUUGGUUGUUUGCUCAGUGACAUCGUCAAACAAUUACAGAAUACUUCGCUGCGUGUGUGUGUUUCCAUAAUGUUGGAGGCUUUAAUCAUUCAGAUCUCCAGUAGAGGAAAGUUGGCAAAAGAUAAGAGAUAUUUAAAAAAAAGUUGACAGUAAUUCUCGUGAUUGGAUGUGCGUAUCUUCUGCAUGUGAGCAGCAGGGGAAGCAAAUAACAAAAUGGAUCUAUGAAUGGGUCUACACAUUUGCAGGCAAGUCAUGUUUUAGGGUCUGCACAAACACACGCUCACACACACAUCAGCCCACCGACAAACCCUAUUCUUCCAACACACACACUCGCAGACACACACACAGCCUCAGACAAAAGAAGGGGAUUCCAAUCCGUCACAGAGAUGACAUCACAGCCUGCCAGUAAUAAAAACAGCUAAACAAGGGAGUCCCCACUUCCCCUCCCUCGUACACAUCCCACAGAAUGAACAGAGAGAGAGAGUCGAGUUGAGGCAAGUCACUCUCACAAGUUCACAGAAAGAGAGGGAGGGUAACAGAGAGAGAGAGUCCCUUUUAAGGGGUUCACAUGCACACAAGAGCGCGCUGACACACGCACAAACACACUUAGCUCCGUCUCCAUAGUGAUCUGCGUUAGUGCCCCGGCUUUGGGAGGAAAUGCCAAACUCCGUGCUUAAAGGCCGCUCCACCAGAAAGACACACACACAAACACACACACACACACGACUCUAUUAUAACCGUCUGUCCGGUCAUGACGGAAAAACCUCUUCUCUCUUUCUCUUAUCACUCUGCUACCUCCCUCGGUCCAUUCUCCCGUCUCCUUUCCACUUCCACUCUCUUUAUUCUCUCAUCCCUCCCCCACUCUCUCUCCCUCUUUCUCUCUCCCUCUCUCUCUCUCUCUCUCCGCUUCUCCCGCUCCCCUGUCAGUGUUAAGUUCAUUGAAGUAGACAACAGAGAGAUGAAAGAGAAGAACCCCUGGCACACGCCUGUGACCAUCAUCAUCACUGUGAUUGGUGUCAUAGCGAUUGUUGCCUUGGUGACAGUAGCAGUUUUGCAGAACAAGCCCCUCCCCCAAAAGUACAAGUAUGGGAUCGUGCUGGACGCCGGCUCCUCCCACACUGCUCUGUAUAUCUACGAGUGGCCAGCUGAGAAGGAUAACAACACGGGAAGAGUUGAACAGACACAUUCCUGCAAGGUCAAAGGUCCAGGUAUCUCCAGCUAUGCGUCUGCUCCAGAAAAGGCGGGAGAGUCUCUGAGAUUAUGCAUGGAGGAGGCCAAGCAGCGGGUGCCCGGAAAAAGACACCACCAGACCCCUCUUUAUCUGGGGGCCACAGCUGGAAUGAGAUUGCUAAAUAUGGAGAAUAGCUCGGCGUCAGACAAGGUCUUUCAAGCUGUGGAGGGCGCCCUGCAGAAGUUCCCCUUCUCUUAUCAGGGAGCGAGAAUCCUCACCGGCCAGGAGGAGGGGGCUUUCGGCUGGGUCACGGUCAACUACUUGGAUGAACGCCUGAAACAGGGUUUGGAAACUAGAGGCGCCCUUGACCUCGGUGGAGCCUCUACCCAGAUUAGCUUUGUUUCUGAUAAUUAUGACGGUUCAGAAUCACCUAGCAACUCGGUGACUUUCCGUCUCUAUGGAAAUGACUACAACCUGUAUACCCACAGCUUCCUGUGUUACGGGAAAGACCAAGCCCUAAGAAUGACGCAAGCACACCUGUCUCAAGCAGGUCCAGCAAGAGUAUUAGAUCCUUGUUUCCACCCUGGCUACACCGCGACAAAGAACUACUCGGUCCUCUACGACAGCCCCUGUGUGUCAGACAGGAAACCCAAAGAUGCUCCUGAUACCUUCACUCACGUCGGGAGAGGAGACUUCCUGCAAUGCCAGGCAGCCGUAAAAAGUGUCUUCAACUUUACAUCUUGCAAAUACAGCCGAUGCUCUUUCAAUGGGGUCUUCCAGCCACUUUUGCAGGGGCCAUAUGGGGCUUUCUCAGCUUACUACUUUGUGAUGAACUUCCUAAAUCUGACUGAUACAUCCGUCCCACUGGAAGAUGUCAAGGAAAAGCUAAAACGCUACUGCGCUACCAAUUGGGAUCAGAUAACGCAGCAGCAUCCAGGCGUAAAGUUAAAGUAUCUGGCUGAGUACUGUUUCUCUGGCACGUACAUCCUAACCCUGCUGACGGAAGGUUACAACUUCACCUCAGAGAGCUACUCCGACAUCAAAUUAAUUAAAAAGAUAAAAGGCAGCGAUGCAGGAUGGACGCUGGGCUACAUGUUGAAUCUGACAAAUAUGAUUCCAGCAGAGGCGCCUGACACCCCCCCUCUGCCCCACGCGGGUUACGUCUCAAUAGUUUCCGUCAUGGCAGUGCUUGUAUUCAUCCUCUUCAUCGUCAGCCUGCGUCCUCUCUGGCCCCGCUGCUCCAAACAACCACAGAUUGUAUAAACACGAGGGACGGUGAGAGAGGGAAUGUCUAGAGGGCUUUUGAGUUUGGGAAAAGGAUAGUCAACUCUACACUUUCCUGCUUCCCCGGGGAGGUCAAAGGUCAACCCCUGCUGCACGUCAACAGUCCUGCAGCUCAUGUGGAUUCAAGUACAUUUCAGAAGGACAAAUACUUUCUGUACACUUUAUAAAUAGUGCGUUUUGGUUCUCUGGUUGAAGGACAGUUUCUGUGUUUGGGUGUGAGUGUGUAUGUUGAAUUUGAAGGGGCGUGCGAGUGUUUGUGAACCCAUCAGUCUGCAUGUGUCUUGAAAUAUGAUGUGAAUAUGAUACUGUAUAAAUAAAAUAUCCCAAAUUUAUAUAAAAUGUUUGAAUAACUUGUAAUUUGUAAACAAAUAUAUAAUCAAUUACAAAAUGUUAAUUUAGCAUGAUUUAUUUAUACUCUAUCCAGAAAGCUAAUUUGAUUUUUUUAUAAAAAAACUACCAUUACAAAUGAAUGCCUACAAAUAAAACCCACAAACAAGCAUCUGAUAGUGAAAACAGGAGAAAUAUGAUUUUUGGAAGACAUGGUAUAUCUUUUUGAGAGCUGUUUUGCAAAGUAGCAAGUGCACUGGAUAAUAAAAUACAGCAUGCUCCCUC